AUGACUGAAGAAUUGAAUGCCCUCAUAAAGAAUGGCACCUGGUCACUUGUUCCCUAUGAUCCUUCCAUGAAUGUUGUUGGGUGUAAGUGGGUGUUUCGUGUCAAGCGCAAGGCUGAUGGUUCAAUUGAUAGGUACAAAGCACGUUUAGUUGCCAAGGGAUUUCAUCAACAAGAGGGAGUUGAUUACACUGAGACAUUUAGUCCCGUCGUCAAAGCCACCACUAUUCGCACAGUUUUGUCACUUGCUGUCAGCAAUGGUUGGGAAGCUCAUCAGUUGGACGUAAGUAAUGCUUUUCUCCAUGGUCAUCUUAAAGAAGAGGUUUACAUGACUUAA